CACUUCCCAAACAAUACAAAAUCCGAUGUUUCCGCUUCCCAACAACGCCGCCGUUUCACCUUCCCCUCUUAACCAUAGUUUUCUCUCUCCCCUAGUCCUAUAGCCUAUAUAUAACCUCCUCUUAACUCUCAACUUUCACCCAUUUGUCUUACCAACAAAUAACACAAUACAACACAACCAACUAAAAAGUAAAGCUCAAAAAUGGCGUUUUACGCAGAAGAAGAUCAAGUAUGGAAAUGCUCACUACACCCCUCGAAACGUCGUCGUACUGGAGUAUGUCCUCUGUGUCUUAAAGAACGCCUCUCUGAACUUUGUCCUGACUGCGCUAACGUACGCCCUUGCUUAUGUUGCGCCACCACCUCUUCUUCUUCCUCUACUUCCUCCUCUUUCUCUCUCCACAUCUCAGAACUCGGUCAGAUCUCCACUCUUAUCGACGCUGAACCGCCUUUUCGACGCUCCAGGUCUUCCGCCUUUCCUUUCUUCCGCUCCGCCAGAUUCUCCACCGCCGACGAUAAAAACUCGUCGGAAAAACUCGCCGGAAAAUCAUCGAUUUGGUCGGUGCUUUGGUGGCAGAAGAAACCGAGGAUAGAGAAAAUGGAAGCGGAAAUGAGAAGGUCGAAGUCGGUUGCUAUCGCCGAUAAUGACGUUAGAUCUACGAAAGUAAAAGGAUGGUAUUUUCCUAGUCCGAUGAAGGUUUUCCGGCAAUCUACCUCGAAAUUCGUUCAUGAACGAUCUCCUUUGCACCGAGGUUGAAUUUUGAUUCUUAAUUUUUUUUUUAUAUAUAAAUAUUAAUGGAAGUAAGUGUAUUUUUGGUAAUUGUGUAAAUCUACCUUUUUUUUGAAAAGAUAUCUCUAGACUUUAGUAGUGGAUGGAUAGAAAUGGUAAAUGUGGACAGGAUGUAGGAGAGUGUUAAUUUUGGAAAUACUUCCAUUUUGAAUGAAUGAAAUACUAGUCAAGCUAAACUUUAUGCUAA